AUGUCGUCUAUGCCUCACAUGGAGGGGACGGCCGGCCAGCACCUAAGCUGCAGUGCUCUGGCGCUCAAGACUUUGGUGGUGCUGCUUUGUCCACUCGUUAUCUUCCGGUUCAUCUUCGCGGAUGUCUGGGGCGGACUUAACGAUGCUGCGGUUCCGAUCCUGGGCCUUUACCUUUUGCGAGACGGGGAUCAGAACUUCUUCGCUUGCUACGAGCGCCUGAGCAAGAUCUGGUUGUUCAACGAAUGCUGCGGGAUGCAGAAGGAUGUGACCUUCGUCAGCGCCCUGGUUGUCUUUAUUCUUGUCAGCCUUGUGUGCGCAGCGAACGAUGCGUACCUGCUUCUCUGCAGCGACCCCAGCAUCUCCGGCUGGCACGAGCUGGUGGCCGGCAAUGGCCUGCUGAACGUCCUCGCUUCUUCUCUGGCCGUACAUAUGUGGAGAGUGCUGCACGGCAAGGCCAGCUUUCAGACGAGGCGCCAAAGUGCGGUAAAUUUCGAGGCAGGCCCACAGCCUGUUCAGCCCAAACGUCGCACAAGUCGGAUUCUGGAGCAGCAGAAGGCCGAGGCUGCCCGGAAACGGGCGGAGGUUGAGCGUCCCGCUGGCAAGCCAGGCACCUCCAAGCUCCUUCAUCACCUCACCGUGCCUUUCGGCGAGGAGGAGGUGCGGCGCUCCCGCGAGAGCUCCGCGGAGCCUGUCACAGACCGGGGCACAUCGGUGGCCGCAUCGGCGCCUGUUCGAUUGGGGAGGCGGAGCAGUUCUUGGAAGCUCGGCAAUCCCUUCAAGCCUGCAGCCGAGCACCACCGAUCCAGCUCGCAACCGCCGGUGGUCCACCCAUGGCUUGGCGACGUUUGA